AUGAAGCGGUGUUGGCAUGGUGGUUCGUUGAAGUGCUCGAGAGGGGAUGAAGAGGUUGAACAUAACAUCUUCACUAUGCCCACUACUAGUACGUCCCUCACUUCGAGCCAUUGGUCGAAGGUCGGGAUUGGGCAUAGGUUGUACGUCUCCGCUGACUCGUCUCCAUCCUCGCCAUACCUUUCUGCGCUCCUCUUUCCUUUUCAGCCGUAAAGGCGGAACUCUAGCGGCUCCUGCUCGAGUUGAAGUCUUAUGAAUCAGCUGACCAAUGUGAAGCAUUGGUAACCGAUGCGGUCGGAAAUCUCCCGGUGUAAUCACCACGGUACGCCCAUUUUUUAUAAUGGUGCUUGGUUCAAGAAUAGCCGUCGAGUUCUGAAGUACGAUCGAGUUAAUUUUUUCAUAAAAGAAAAAGUCGUUUGCGAGCUCUUCAGAAUAAUCGCCCUUAGAUGUUUUUGCGUUGGCCAAUCCAUGCAGUGCACCUGCUCAAAGCAAGUUGUACCACAACCAAAGUGUCAGGUCAUCGCAUAA